CGGCCCUGGUCAAAAGCAUCUAUGGCAUCUAUCGGUGAACGGCAUAAACGGUUGUUAUCUUUUGGGCUGAUCUCAUGCCUGUGGAUGUUUUCUGUACACCGUGGGUUCGUCUUUCGUCAGCGGUUUGUGGGAGUCACGGAUGUUCAGAAACGGUUAACCGUGGGUGACGACUUGUUUCGCUGUCGACUCUGGUGAGGGAGAGGCGGAAGAAGCAGCCUCCCUCCCGGCCUUCAGGAGGGGCUGAAGGUGACUCCUCUGGCGGGGAUGCGCAGGGAGCCUCUGUGGGUCCCGUCGGCCCGCUGUUCGGGCGCCGUUCCGGAGGAUAACCGCGCGUUCUCCGGGGUGAACCGGAGCUUCAGCGUCUGACCGUUCCUCCGUCAUUUCUCCGCCGCAGUAACGCUGUCUGUCCGCGGCUGGGAGCUCCGGCGGCGGGGGUGCAUGCAUGAGUUCCGGGCGGAAGAAGCGCCCCAGGUCCGCGGGGAGCGUUUUCCCCAUCAGCAGGGGGGCGCAGACGGAGCAGGAGCAGCGGGAGAGCAUGGAGGCGGCUGUGGAGGACAGCAGGAUGACCGUGCAGGAGUUCAACACGCUGGUGGCGCUGUACCGGGAGCAGGUCAUCUCCGUCGGGGAGAUGUCAGCGGACUGCCCGCCUCUGCGCGCGCAGAUGCACCACACGCGGACCAAAGGAUGCUCCAUGGCGCGGGCCGCGCACCAAGACCUGGCCGUCAUCUCUGUCUCUGGGCCAGAGGAUGGAGAGAUCCCUCCGGAAAUCUGUCGCCUCUUCAUCCAGCUGCAGUGCUGCCUGGAAAUGUUUGUAACGGAGAUGCUGAAGUCCAUGUGUCUGCUGGGGGUGCUGCAGCUGCACAGGAGAAGAACAGACUCAGAUCCAAAGGUGGAUUUCAGGGUGGAUGAAAGCUCGGACAUUCCCAUCCUGGAGGACAGAUCCUCGUCUCCCAUCGACUUCCCUCAUGAGCAGUGGCUGGUGGGAACUGACAUUGAAAACAUAGAGAGUCCCAAUGUUAAACAACUGCUCAGCUGUGUCUCAGUUGGUCUGGCCUGUUUCUGUGAUCGGUACCCCUGGACCUCCUGGUCCCCCUGCACCCAGACCUGCAACCAUGGUGUCCAGAACAGACGCAGGCAGAUCCACUACGACGAUUAUUACUGGAAGAACAGCUGCCAUCAGCUGUGUGACAGUCAAGAUGUUCGAGCGUGUAACGAGCAGCCGUGCCACAUCAACUGCGCCCUGACGGAUUACAGCCAAUGGUCUCCGUGUUCAUCCUGCGCCAAAAAACAGUACCGGACCCGGUCUGUCGAGACACCAUCCCAGUUUGGAGGAAUGCAGUGCAGUGAGGAGCUGUCAGAAGAAAGGCCCUGCUACCCCUCCAAAGAGUGCAAGUUACCAGAUAUUGACUGCAGAGAGAACUUCAAGUGUGACAAUGGACGCUGCAUCAACUCAACUCUAAGAUGCAACAAACAGAAUGACUGCGGAGAUAACUCUGAUGAGAGGGACUGUAAUGCAUUCAGCAUUGUGUGUCCCACCAAGAGACAGCCAGCCCCCGGUGUUGACCUGGUGGGAAAUGGGUUUGAUGCUCUUGCAGAGGAACCAAGAGGGGCAGUGUUGGACAAUAUGUUCAUGGGAGAAAACUGCAUCAUCAAGAGGCCUCAGAGCACAACUUUGUACCACAGAGUUCCUUACAACUUUGAGAGCUUCGACAUUAAGGUUGGAAUGGUGGAGGACUUCAGCACGGAGCCACAGCCUCUGCACAGCGAGUCCGUCAGCACAAAGAGGAGCGGCUCGUCAUCAUACUCCAGAGGAGAAAAGGACUUCCUCUCCGUCCUUCUAUACCUCGGCAGAGGAAGUGGGUCAACCGUUCAGUCCAACAAAGAAGCUUUUGAGGCAUCAAAGAAAACAGACUCCAAGUUUUUCCGAGUGCAUCAGGUCCUUCCAGUGUCCAAAUUUAAGGUGAAAGAGCCGGAGGAUGUGGUCCUCUCCCAGACCUUCCUUCAGUUCCUUCAUGACCUUCCUCUUGAGUACAACUACCCCCGAUACAGAGACAUCUUCCAACGCUUUGGGACACAUUACUACAGCUCUGGAAGUUUGGGGGGCCACUAUGACCUGCUGUACCAGUACAGUCGGCAGGAACUCAUCACUUCAGGUGAAACGGAGGAACAUGUCCAAGGUUGCCUGUUCAAGGAGACCACCUGGACGGUCAUCCUCUACACUGAACACAGUAGUGUGACCCGCUGCCGCAACAACCGAAUGACAGAAAAAUAUUCAGGCUCAUACAUUCAGUCAUCAGAGAAGUCCUUCUCCAUGGUGAAAGGAGGUCAAGCCAGAGAGGCAGCAGCCCUGGCCUGGGAGAGACAGGGACCUGCCCCGGACCGAACUUCCUACAAGAACUGGGCAAAGUCUGUACUUCACAACCCUGCUGUGGUUGAUUAUAAGCUGCGUCCACUAAUAGAGCUGGUGCGAGGAAUCCCCUGUGCAGCCACGAAGAGGAGGCACCUGAGGAAGGCGCUCCUGCAGUACCUGCAGGAGUUUGACACAUGCAAGUGUGCCCCCUGUCCUAACAACGCCAGGCCGGUUCUGUCCGGGACAGAAUGCAAGUGUGUUUGUCAGACUGGGACCUUUGGUACCAACUGUGAGAAACGGGCUCCUGACUUCACAUCAGAGGCGGUGGACGGAUACUGGAGCUGCUGGGGGCCAUGGAGCAGCUGUGGAGUCACCAUGAGGAGAAGUCGGAGUAGGCGGUGUGACAAUCCCUCUCCGCUAAAAGGAGGAGAACCAUGUCAGGGUCCAGACAAACAGGUGGAGCCAUGCCACGUCUCCCUGUUUGAAAAGCAAGACUCCUGUGACAAUGAUGACGAUUUCACUGUGGGCUGGAGGGACGAGCUGCCCCCCGGUGUGAAGGGCUGUCUGAGACCUCAGAGACCCCCCAAUAGUUUCCUCAGGAUAGCCAAACCGUACUACGAUGUUGGUGAGGAUGAGGAGUUCAGGUGUUUCACAGGAUUUGAGCUGGAAGGUUUUCAGUUCAUCAACUGUCGUUCUGAUGGAAGCUGGUCUCCACCAAGUGGGAGGUGUUACCGGAACUACUGUGAUCCUCCUCAAAUCCCUGACACCAUGACGCUGUUCCCCAUCAGCGAGGCCUACAAAGUUGGGGAGUCUGUGGGUUUGAACUGUAAAGAGCCUGGUUUGACGCCGCUGCCUCAGGGCUUCUACAAAUGCACCAGCAGUCUGACCUGGGAGCCGCCGGUACCCGCUGACCUGCGCUGCACCGACGUGGUUCCGGUGGGUCCUGGUGGUCCGUGUGGCCCGGGGCAGAAGCAGCAGGGAUCCAGAUGUGUGUGUGAGGAUCGAGAAAGCUGCUUAUCUGAACCCGAUGCUCUCUGUGUGCUGAAUGUAGACCUCGGCUUCUCUGUUUCAAUGUCCCUCUGCUCCUUCUACGCCGGCCGUUGCCACGGCGACCCACUGUUCUUUGUCAGCGAGGGUGCAUGUGAUCCAGAAGAUUCGUCCAAACUAGAGCAGGCAAAGUUCAGAGCCCAGAUGUGCUCGAAGAGCUCCGUUCACACUCCCUGUGGACCGGACACCUGCUACGACUGGGAGACCUGCUCAGCUACAAAGCAGUGUUCCUGCAAAAAGCCUCGUGAGUGUGCCGGAUAUGAAGGGCAGAUGUUCUGCGUGAGGAUGUCGGUGAGCCAAAGCACCCUCUCCGUGAACCUCUGUCAGAUGGGCCUCAUCAGGUGUAACAACAGAGCAUUUGAGAUUGUUAGUGAAGGCGCCUGUGCCAGCAGAUGAUUCCUCUGAAGCUCCUCUGCAGAACGUCUGUGCCGACAAAUAUCUCCUCCACUUUUUAUCACAUUUUAUCUGUAAAUAAACUCACCUCAAAGCUCAAAGGUUUGCCGAUUUAUGGCAUAAGCAUUUUGCAGCCUUCGUGUACUCAACAAUUGAAUAUUUGAGACGAUUUACAGCAUCAGAGCUGUGCAGGAGGAGCGUGCACACGUGUACGCGGCGCCCUGCACUCACAGGUGUUGUGCUGGAAAACAAGGCGUUUUACAGCAGUCAAGUCUGAAAUGGAAACGUCAAACUCAAUCAAACUUUUUUAAUAAAAAUGUGUGUUUUAAGCUA